GUGCAUACCAUUGCGACUUGUUGUUUGCCUUGGCUAUAGAGCUGCCUGGUGAUUCAACACCUGCAUCGGUCUAUUCAGCGAAUUCCACCGGUGAGCACCCAGCUAAUUGGCACUCUAAACUCAAUCACAAUAUUAAUUGUACCCCUAUUGGGGAGAGGUGCGAAUCUGACACCUUGUAUGGAUUAAAGGGGAACUUCUUUAGUGCCGAAAGUCAAAGGGGGAUUGGCCAGGGGAAAAUGGUAUCAUUGGCUGGUGGUGUUUCGCUUGAGUUGUAGCCAGCCACCUGGGGUACGUCAAUCAACAGCAACUGACGGGGGAAGAAGGGCCUGCUGUACAAUGUGUUUAACAACCGUAGGGUCCAACCCAAGGAAUCCAGACCGCAUAGUAUACGAUCUACGAGUGGUGAAAGUUUAUAACACCACCUCGGAUUAAACAGCCAGUCAGUCUUGCUACAAUCCACUACCUGGUCGCGUUGAGGAACCACUCGCAACAACUUAUCCCAGAUAGCUGCUCUUUGAUUGUUAUCUCAAAGACAAUUUCUGUCUCUUCGUCUCUCCUACGGCAGAUCUCAGAUCCAGCGAGAUACUUUCUUCUCUAUAGUCGAUUUGUAAGAGGAGGAAAGAAACAUUCACAGCCUCAAGAUGUUACUUCAUCCAACAUCCAACCUUCUCCUGGUGUUUAUUGUUUGUCGUGUUACACUGAUACUGCCAUGUACGGUAGCCAAGGCCAUCCAGCAGCAUCCACAUGAGGGACACACCAGUGGUACCCAUCCUUCAGAUACACAGGGUGGUCGGUUGUCAUCAAAGACCGCUCCAAGCUCCAAGACGCACAGCGGAGGAGACUCGAACGUUAUCAUCACGCAGCAAAACGAGGCCAAGGAGCAGGCCCUGGGGGAACUCUUGAGAGUCUUCGGGCUGGAGAACAAUACUCUGGAGGAACCGGCUCGCCGACCGGAGCCCCCACCAUUCAUGUUGAAUCUUUACAGUUCGGUUGCUGACCCGGCGUCGGGAGAGAGCAGGAUGCCUAGUCCGUUCAAUGCCAACACCGUACGAUCGUUGCCCGAUAAAGCGGGGAAGGAGCGUCUACAUUUCCAGUUCAAUCUCUCCCAAGUACCCUCAACAGAAAUCCUCCUCCAGGCCGAGUUGCAUCUCUUCAAGCUCAAACCCAAGAUGCGACCAACAGUCUCAGGAAGACGGCAGCCAUUUUACCAGAUUCAACUUUAUCAGCUGGCCAGCGCUGAUGUCUCAUCGCUAGAGGGCGCUAAACUGAUUGGACUACGGUUGGUUGGGACCGUUGGAACGGAAUGGGAGGUAUUCAGCAUAACAGACGCUGUGUCGAGUUGGCUGGCAGAUGAGCGCCAAAACUUCGGAGUGUUGGUCACCAUUACGUCACUUACAGGAGAGCCAAUGAACGAGAACUUCAUACGCUUCGCUCAAAACGGCAAACAUCACCCGAGCAAGCAUCCGUUUUUAGUGCUGUACACGAACGACUUGAGGCAGAGUGAGAAUCCAUUGGCAGACCAGGACUCUGCGGACACGGCAUACGAAACAUUCUUCCAGACGUACGGCAAUAUCAACGCACCGCCAUUUAUGGACGCCACAAAAGCCGGCCCAACUCCGAACGUCCGCACGAACCGCUACAACGGCGCCACGACGACGCGACAGACUAGGACGGGUGCCACAUCUCGGCAUAGGAGAGAUAGCAACCAAAGAGACGAGUUACCAACGGAAGAUUCAAACGGUAACCGAAAGAAGGCCUCCAGUAACAAGGGAACGUGCAUGCGUAAAUCCAUGUACGUUGACUUCCAUGAGAUCGGCUGGUCCGAUUGGAUAAUCUACCCAAUUGGGUAUAACGCCAAUGAGUGCUACGGUAACUGCCCGUUCCCACUUGGACAGACCGUGCAGCCGUCCAACCACGCUACUGUGCAGAGUUUGAUGCAUCUCAUUGCUGCUGAUGUGGCGGCCCCAUGUUGUGUUCCUACCCAAUUAGAUCCAAUCGCAGUGCUGUUCUUUGACAAUGAUGGUAACGUUGUUCUGAAACAGUUCGAUAACAUGGUGGCCACAGCAUGUGGUUGCCGUUAAAUAAAUAUAUAUAAUUAUUUAACAAAUAAAAUAUUAUCAUUAAACAGAAAAAUAUAUAAAUUGAUGACCAACGAAGUAGUAAAAAAAAAAGAGAUACACUUAAACCUAAAUGCAAAUGUUUGAACACACGAUUUUCAUUCCUUCAAAGGCGUUUCUAUUUCAUUUGCAAAAUCUAUAUUCAAGACUAUAUAAAACACCAAUAUUUGGUAUUUUUGUUCCACAUGAAAAGGUAGACUUGUUUCAAUCUGAUGAAAGCUCUGUGAUUAUACAAGUUCAGUGAUUCAUAAAAUAAUUAUUUCAACGAAUUCCCAUUAUAACAAAUUCACUCAAAGAUGCCAUGAAAUAAAAUAAAAUUAAAAAAAUAUGCAUUUAUUUUGACAGUAGGUUUUAAAAGAAAUUAUUUACUUUAUUGCAAGAUGCACUGCCAGGUACGUAUUCAAUUGUUGUGUUUGAUGAUUUUUUUUUUUUUUUACAUUUCUCCAUAAUAGCACUUUUUUUAAAGGUAGUGUACAGGAUUGGUAACGAUAAAAAAAAAUGUUUUAAUUUUAAUGUAAAAGCUUAUUGAUUAUAAAAUGCAAACAAGAACCAUUUUUCUGUAAAUUAUCUCCCUCUGAAAUAAAUGAACACUCGGGAAAACUAUAUCUGCAAACCUAAAAAGAAAACGCAACAUUGCUAUCUGUUGUUACGACCAAAAAACUAAGGAAAAUGUUUUUACAAGCUGAAUUUUGUAUUAGUUUUUUUUUCUUCACUAUUUUCUCCCGACUCACGCCCCAAUUUUCACAGGAUUUUUAUUUUAUGUGUAUGGUUGAUCACACAAAACAUAAAUACUGUAAGACCAUCUGUCUGAGACCAUUGUUUUUGUCAGCACUACCAAUCCUUUAUAAUACCUUCAAUGGUCGCUGUUGGUUUUUUUGCUGUGAAAAAAAAAGAAGAUGUUUUUGACGACCUGCACUCUAGGCAGCUAACUUAUAAAGUUAUGAUUGCUAAUAAAUGUAACGCCCAGAGAAAUUCAACUAAAUGCAACAAAGCUGGAAAAUGUUUAUAUAUUGCGUAUUUAUUUUUUAUUUUGUUCUGUUUUUGUAGUAAAACUUUGUAAAGAACAGCAUGAUGCCGUCUUCCCUUUGGCCAGUUACAACCACUGCCAAACUAGGUACAUGUAUUGUUUCCUUUAUUUGUUAUGUUAUUUGCAUCGGUUGUAUGGAGAAUGUUGCAUUGUGUUCUUGUUUGUUUGUCGCUGUGCAAAGCGCCACGCCAUACAGACAUUUUAUAAAUAAAUAAUUUUAGUUUUAUGUGAAAGAGUCAUCUCAAAAUGUAUCGUUGAUAUUUUGAGAUGGGAAUCGAAAUGUAUUAAGUGUAAAUACAUAUAAAAUAAAAAAAUAAAAAACUCUGUAUACAUUACAGCCCUGUUAAUGUUUGCCUACGUACACUGUAGUUUGUUUUUCAUAUAUUUAAAGUGGUGGCCUCAUUAUUAAAAAUGUAUUGUAAAUUAAGAGUAUACUAGUUGUGGCAUAAGUUUAUACCCACAGUGUGAAAUAACUAAUGGAUAAUGAUAUUCCCCUUCUGUGGGCUCUUACAAUGUCAAGGGACAAUGAAUUACACUGUUUUGUGUACUCUGGACUUGUCUGAUGGAUGGCACCUAAAACCGUAGUCCUGAAAAGCACUACGACAGUGGCAAUUCCGGAGUGGAGAAAAAAAAUUCCUUCGGCACACCCUUUAUCAUCAAUGAUGAGACCAAAUACAUGAAAACUCCAGCAGUUGACCCUUAAAAUGAGUCUUACCUACGUACUUUUUAAUUUAAACCUCUGUACAUUGUGUAAAGUUUUACUCUCUUACUUAACAAUGUUAAUACCAAUGUAAACAAUAAAUCAUAACAUAAAGGUAUUCAGU